AUGAUGGACGGCUUCUCGCUCAACAUCUCGACGUCCAGUGGUAUUCGCAAGCCUAUUAAGAAGAAAAACACAUUUCGCGUCAAACAGCUAGCAAAACGCGCAAAAGCAAAGGCAAAAAAGUCCGGCAAAGAACCUCUAAAGACCCAUGGACAUCAUUAUGGUAAGCAAAGUCCUGGACAUCAACUACAGACACCGCAUAAUGACGUCAAAGUGCAAGAAAUAGAGACGAAAAAGAUGGAAGUGAAGGAUAACGUACCAAGAGUUGAAGCUGUUGCUAUUAAACCUGAAGAAAUUGUGGAAAUUGUUCCAGCGAAGCAUGAGGUAUCAACCGAGAAUUUAAAACAAAACGACAUCAAGACAGAGGACGUCACGGAUGAAAGUGAAGCUGAGGUUGAAAAGGUAGAAGAAGUGAAGCUCAAGACGUUUGGUACCCGUCGUAACCCUAACAAGGAGGGUUACAGUGCAGAGACGUUUACGCAACCCCGUGUGAAGAUCGACAAUGUCUUGUCAAAGCCAUUGACGUCGUCGUCGAGUGAAAAGAUUUUUGCUGCCAACACGUUUGAGUCAAUGAAGAUGUCGGAGAAGCUGGUAAAUGUGCUGAAGAAAGAUGGAGAAAGUUGUGGCUUUGGUUUUACGCGACCGACCAACGUGCAAGUGCAAACAAUUCCGUCGGUGAUGAAGGGCAGUGAUAUUCUCGUAAAGAGCGAGACAGGAUCGGGUAAGACGCUGUCGUACUUGCUUCCUAUUGUUCAGAAGCUGCAGGAGAUUACACCGCGCAUUCAGCGUCAGGAUGGUUGCCUAGCGCUAGUGCUGGCGCCCACCCGUGAGCUUUGUACUCAAAUCUUGGAGACUGCCAAUAAACUCAUCCAGCCGUUUGUUUUCUUGGUACCGGGUGCUAUUGUCGGUGGUGAGAAGAAAAAGUCGGAAAAGGCACGACUUCGCAAAGGAAUCACUAUCUUGAUUGCUACUCCAGGACGGUUGGCGGAUCAUCUGGUGAACACUCAGUCACUCAGCUACUCACGCUUGCAAUUUCUGGUGCUAGACGAGGCAGAUCGCCUGCUGGAUAUGGGUUUCGAAAAGCAGCUUACACAGAUCUUGACUAUACUAGAUAGCAAGAAGACGCACGUGAAGCGACAGAAUAUUCUAGUAUCCGCCACAAUUAACAGCGGUGUGCAGCAGCUGGCUAAGAUGAGUCUCUCGACCAACUCCGUGCUGAUCGAUGCAGAUGCGACAACUAGCGGUGAAGAAGCACCAUCAAAGGUCGACCACACUAAGCAGGAGAAGUUUUCCACUCCGCACCAACUGAUGCAGCACUUUAUGCUCGUCCCAGCAAAAGCUCGUCUGUGCGCGCUGACAUGCUUCUUGCGUGAGGAGCUGCGCCACGCUCCUCGCGAUAGUAAGAAUGGUACUGUGCCCGGUAAGUGUAAGAUUGUAGUGUUCUUGUCGACGUGUGACGCCGUGGACUUUCACUACGCGCUGUUCCGCAAGUGCGCGUGGCCGUCAGGGAAGGGGUCGUCUGAAGAAGCUGAUAACAGUAGCGAAAGCAAUGGCGUGGCUUCAUUGUUUGGCGGUCAAGGGUCCGUGUUCCGCCUUCACGGUAAUAUCGCUCAGCAGGAACGUGUGACCACAUUCACGAGUUUCUGCUCUUCGAGUUCUGGCGUCUUGCUCUGUACCGAUGUGGCUGCGCGUGGUCUUAACUUGCCUACAGUGAAGUGGAUCGUCCAAUAUGAUCCACCUACUGAAACUCGUGACUACGUCCAUCGUGUGGGACGAACUGCCCGUAGUGGUAACCAAGGUAGCAGUCUACUGUUCCUGAUGCCUUCUGAGUCCGACUACCUUGACUAUUUGAGCAAGCAAGGCCUAAAGUUGAAUGCGUUGAGUCUUGAAAAAACUGUUGCGCGCGUUGGUAAGCACGGCGGGUUCCUGGCAUCUCGCAAAAAGCUGUUGCAUGAGGUUGUACAAGGAGACCUGCAGUUCCUGUACGAACAGACACUUUUGGCUGACAAGGAAUUAUUUGAGCUGGCAUGUCAAGCAUUCCACUCUUUUGUGCGCAGUUAUGCCACGCACUCUUCAGACACGAGACAGAUCUUCCAUGUCCGUAGCCUGCACUUUGGUCACGUUGCAAAGAGCUUUGCGUUGCGGGAACCACCAGCUUCUUCAAAGCUGCGUACGACUGGACGAAACGCCAAGAAGGGUACGCUACAUAAGCGAAAGGAGCGUGACGACAAGCAACAGGCAGUGGUCGCCAAGAAGCAGAAAAAGGUGCGCGACGAAAAGCGCCGGUAUGCACAGAAUGUGUCCGAGUUUGCCGACUAG